AUGGCUGCAGCAACCACAAUCGAAAGAGACAUGCAGGGCACGAGGGAGCAAAUGCAGCCUGACACUGCCUUCGCCGCCCCCGAUCCCGCCCCCGUCCCCGCCGCCGGAAGGUUAACCGCAACCCCGUGCAUUAGGGAGCAGCUCAUCCGUAGGGGUUCUGCGUACCAGUGCACCUGCUACCACUGCGACGCCGCCGAGCUCGACGACGAUGACGAAGAGGACGACGAUGACGAAGAGGAUGACUAUGAGUAUCUCUUCACAUUCCACGAAACUCCUGCGGCCGCUUUCUUGGCUUGCCGUCGCGCAUUCCGUCUCGUCACCCGCACUAUUAAAAGGAAUGGACUUGUCCGCAGAAGGCCCGAGUGGCUCAAGACCUACAAGGACUGCAUACGCAUGGCCAGGGAAAACGAUUACUAUCCCGAAUUGAAUUUUGGAACUCAGACAAUUUGCUGGCUUGGAAUGCAGUUGGCCGGUGGCCGUCUCGAUAUCUUGAAGGACCACAUUGAGGACUGGCGUGUUAAGUCUUUCGGUCGUGAUAUGUUGAUUGAUAUCUUGGCCGCUAACUCCGCGGCCGCUGCCAAUACCCCUCGUGCUGGCGUUGCUGGCCGUACUCGCCGUAAUCGCCGGAUAACUCGCCGUACUGGUAUUUAG